ACUUUACCCGAAGCCAACAUCAUCUCAGCAAAGGCCACGGCCCCGAUGAGUUUACUGAUGCGAGGCGCGCUGACGUAAAACGCUAUACUAAUGCACACAUUCGCUGCCAGGGUCGCGGAGCGCCAAAGGCAGACUUUGCAAUUGUCCAUCUGCGAAAUUGCUGCUUCGAAGGCGAACCAAACUAACAAGGCGGUCUCUUCGUUUCGAUCCCUGACCCAGUCUCAGCGGAUUAGUCGGAAACCCGUCUGGCCACCCGACUUCGAAACCUGUGUGGCCAUCCAACCUCGAAACUUGUCUGGCCAUCCGACCUCGAACUGAACUGUCCGACACCAUGGAUGGUCACGUCGGGAGUCGACCUGGCAAGAAGAUUUACUGCUAUCUGUGUGACAUGCCACGUAAUCCCUGGGUAAUGGUGAGCAAUGGGCGACUCAGUGAGCCAAUUUGCCGACCCUGCUGGAAUUUCGAAGGAGCGGACUGGGUUGGCGUGGAGCAGCUCAUCGAAGAAGCCCGCAGUCAGAAGCAGAACGAACAGCUCGCGGCCGGCGGAAAUCGCCUAACCUGCUAUAUGUGUGACGUGCAACGGUCUCCCUGGGCAACGCUACCUUCUGGAACGUUCAGCCAGGCGGUGUGCAGAAGCUGCUGCAACAGCGAGGGAGCGGACAGCGGUCGAAUUGAGAAACUGAUCGGUGAAAUCUGCCAACUGAAAGCGGCAAACAGAGCCUCUGUUGGAGGACAUGCACAACUGCAACAUGUUGCACUCAGCGAUGCAGUGGGUAGCCCACCGCCACUCAACAGCCGGAGAGUUGCCAAGGUGGGCAGUGAGGUCCGGGAGAGGCCAAGCUUGGAUGCUACCAGACACGCACAGUCCGGAUCAUGUGACAGUCUUAAAUUGAUCUCGCCGAACAACACGAGCAACGCGCAGAAGGAUGUUGGAACCGGUCAAUUUCAUCACGCCCAGCAUGUAUUCUAUCAUCCCAGCAACAGCAGUCCGGAUGACGGUAACCGGCAUAGCAACAGCAGCAGCAUGUCUCCAAGCACCACAAGACAAUCGCCAAGACACUCACCAAGACACUCGCCAAGACACUCACGCUCUUCAGCAGCUCACCACCCAGACCUAGAUAGAAGCAGGGAAUUGUUCGCCAAGGGCGUUGUUAGUCCAGGAGGCGAGCUGCCUUCUGUUGGCCAGUACACAAUUGACCAGCUGGCGUGUCUGCUCCCAAUUGAAAUCCGCCUGGCUGCUGAGUCGGUGGUUGGAAGCUGCAGCACUGGCGAGACGACGACGACGAACAGCAAUCAGAGCGCCUACAGUGCACUGAUCACGAGCUUCUUUGAACACGAACAGUACAGACCGUCGCCUGCAAUAUCUAUAGCAGCAGCAGCAGCAGCAGAAGUACCUCAGUCGGCUACUCUGGAUGCAAGUGUUGAGUUGGUGGGCUUUGAUGAAUCCAGCCGACAUCUGCGGCUGCACAGCCUGUCAGAAGCGGUGAGAAAGAUGAUGGAGUUUGAAGCAAACCGCGGGCCGGCGUGGAACAGCAGUGAUGGUGCACCUACACAUGAGGCAUCGUGUCAAGCCACUGCUGAUUCUGCUGCUGUUACGGCUGAUGCAGCCUUCGCCACUGCACCAAUAAGAGCACUGUCGGAAAGAAGGAAUGCCGGAGCAGAUAUCACCACUUUUGUAGAUGCUACACAUCAUCUGGAAUACUACCACACAGCAAACGGGGGAGGACGCUGGAUCAAACUGGAUGAGUUACUGCCCGCAGAGGUUGUAGAAUUCAAACAACCCAUGCCCAAUGUGCAGGCAUUAUCUGUGACUAAAACGACCAGACAUGACCUGCAGAGUGGCAGUGGCCGGCCGUGGAGCUUGCCGAUUACGCCUCAACACGACGAGGCUGCGUCAACAGAUAGUCAGCCGGGGCCUGGUGAGCACCGCUUGUGCCCACGUGCCUCCUGGUCACACGGAUACUCCUCCGGCGGUACUGCAGUAAUGACUAGCCCUGGUGACGGUGCGCAUAGCCGCAGCAACAGCGAGCUGGAAGCUGCCAGUCAAGCUGCCGUGCGUAUUACUAGUAUUCUGCCUCGGAGCAGCGACUCCCGUCGUCGCAACAGUGUAAGCAGCAUGGGCUUGGGCGGUGGCAGUCUCGCUCCGAAACACAGCGUACCUUCACAGCAGCUGCAGAGGAACGGCCAGAGCUGCAAUAGCAGUGCAUAUGGCAGCAGCAGCCAUGACGACGGGCAAGCAGAUAGCCAUUGGUCUGUGGGCAGUGCAAGGCAGGAGGCACAGCACCGUCACGCCACACCACUCCAGAGCAGCACCGACUUUGCCGCGGCAUUUGUUUGCUUUUCAUGCAAGAAACUGCAAGACGCGACUUCAAGCGCAGUUCACUGCCCUGUCCAGGAGCAGCACAUAUUCUGCUUGUUCUGCGCAGGGCUGCACAUCUUUCACAAUCCUAGAGAGAUAGACAUGCAUGCAACCGGUUGUCCCAGUGGACAACAAUGCUACUACGCCGUGGAGCAGCAGCCCUGGGUGUUCACUGACGCUGAGCGAAAGACAAUUCUUAAAGUCCUACUGGUGCUGUCCAACGCUCCACUGCACGGAAGUCCAGACAGGCUGUCAUACUCACUGCACCAACUUCCCAAGAGAAGUGAUCAUCCUCUGCAGCAUUGAAGGGGAACAGUAGGGUACAUGUAAUGUACACCACACUAUGCACACCAUGCCAUUCUAACCUGAUACUUUACUGUUGACAAGUAAGUUUGUUGAUCCAUGCGCCAAUCCUGUCUAGCUCAGUAUUGCCGCCACUUGACCGCCCCAGGUAUGCCCGUACUCUUCACAUACGGCACAUGUACACACAGGUACGACGUGUGAAUACUUCCUCGCCAUGAUGAGACGGCUAUUGGAUACUAGUAGUGUAAUAUGGUUGAAAAAUAAGUACAUGUAAUAUUGAUUGUGUGUGUGUGUGUGUGUGUGUGUGUGCAUGUGUGUGUGUGCAUGUGUGUGUGUGUGUGUAGUACCAAGUAUUACCCUCACUGGGGGCAGGGGUAACUGCAGUUGGAUCCCAGGACGGAUACCCUGAUGCUGUCAAUCCUUUUUCCGCACCUUGUCCUCACCCACUUACUGAGGUGUGGUGAGCCCGUAAGUGGGAUCAUUUGCAAGUCCACCCAUAAUUUGGGGAUUUUCAGGGGGUGUCGGCCGUUGGGCGGUUCAAUAGCCAAUUGAGUCCUCUUUCCAAGAUUCCUUUUGAGUUCCUCUCUCCCCUCUCCCGGGAGACCCAAGUGACCAAUUUUGGCAGUGAGCAAGUACAGUACAGUACAGUACAGUGUGUGUGUGUGUGUGUGUGUGUGUGUGUGUGUAUGUGUGUGCGCGUGUGCACGUGCGUGUGUGUGUGGGUGCUGUGUG